AUGGUUGCAUCCAAGUCUGGUAUCGCUGUUGGCAUCAACAAAGGUCACAUCGUCACUCGUCGUGAACUCAAGGCUAAGCCCUCUAACAAGAUUGGUGCUGCUUCCAAGCGCACCACUUUUGUUCGUGGCAUCAUCCGUGAAGUCGCUGGCUUCGCCCCCUACGAACGUCGUCUUAUGGAAUUGAUCAAGAACUCCAAGGAUAAGCGUGCCAAGAAGCUUUGCAAGUCUAAGCUCGGUACUUUUGUUCGUGCCAAGAAGAAGAUUGAAGAACUCACCACUGCCGUUGCUGCUUCUCGUCGUCACUAA